GCUAAACAGGAAGGAGAGACGGAGGUAGGAAGUUCAAAGCUCGUUGUGUUGUGAUUCUAGCUUUGCUCGUUAACUCGACCUCAUAUCCCUUCUGUGGUUGUCUUUUUUUACCCCCAAAGGCGGUAAUGUAAAUUAUACUGAUGAAUAUGAAUCUAUUAUUGUGAUAGUGAUUUCCCAGUUGUCUGGCCUUCGAUUAGUUUCACUGCGGAGGCAUAACUAGAGCACUGAGAAGUACAGUAAAGCUGACCACUGGACCAAGGAGGACAAAACUGCACUGAAAAAGAAACUUUGGACAAAAUGGCUGACCCUUGGAAAGAGGCAAUGGACCAUGCAGUGGCUGCUGCAAGGGAUGCUGGAGGAGUUAUUAGAGAAGCUUUACAAAAGGAAAUGAAAAUAAUGCAUAAAACUUCUUCAGUGGACUUAGUAACAAAGACGGACCAAAAAGUGGAACAGCUGAUUAUAACAGCUAUCAGAGAGAAGUAUCCAUCCCACAGUUUUAUUGGUGAAGAGUCUGUUGCUGCUGGACAGCCCUGCAUACUGACAGACAAUCCCACUUGGAUCAUCGAUCCAGUCGAUGGCACAACAAACUUUGUGCACGGGUUUCCCUUUGUUGCAGUGUCCAUUGGGUUUGCUGUCAACAAGGAGCUGGAAUUUGGAGUCGUUUACAGCUGUGUUGAAGAUAAAAUGUACACUGGCCGGAAAGGGAAAGGGGCAUUUUGUAAUGGUGUCAAGCUGUCAGUAUCAAAUCAGGAUGACGUUAAGCAGUCCAUUAUCAUCACUGAGCUGGGAUCUAACAGAGACCCAGAAGUAGUCAGCAAGAUCUUCUCCACCAUGCAGAAAAUCUUGUCCAUUCCAGUACAUGGGCUUCGAGGGGUGGGCACUGCAGCAACAAACAUGUGCUUAGUGGCUUCGGGGGCAGCUGAGGCCUACUUUGAAAUUGGAAUCCACUGCUGGGAUGUAGCAGCUGGUGCUGUCAUUGUGAAAGAGGCUGGUGGUAUCUUACUAGAUGUGGAUGGCGGGCCUUUUGAUCUUAUGUCCCGAAGAACAUUGGCAGCCAACAAUAAAAUAAUUGCAGAGAGAAUUAUAAAAGAAAUUGAAACGUUUCAAGUUGAAAGAGAUGAUGUAUGAAAGUAAACUUAUUUUAUAGUUUCUCUUUGAAAGACUUAAUUAAUAUUUUGUGUUUUAGCUUGAAAAUACUUUUUAUUUAUUUCUUAAAUUGGCAUAGUGGUUAGGACAGUGGACCCUUGAUUAGAGGACUUUAAAACAUACUUCAGUCAGAUUGUUCCAGUAAAUGCCAUAAUAUGAAGCAUAAAUAAUAUUAAAGAUAUAAAUUAUUAUCUUGGAUGUCACCAAAGAUGUGUAAUACGUUACCUGUUUAGAUAGCACUCAUGUUCUUUGGAUUUUAUAUAUGUUAAAUUAAGCCCUGUCACAACAUUUUUUUUACUGUGAAGAACACAUCUGUCAUUAGUGCAGAUUCAUGCUUAAUUAAACAUUCUGCAUUUUUUAAAUUUGGUAUACAGUUCAUUUACUCUGUAUUUCUGUCAGUAUAGUUUCUGGAGUAUUUCUGAGUGCUGAUCACUCAAUACCAUGUUCUGUUAUCAAGUAAAAAAACAGUGAUGACUUGUUAAAUCACAAACAUAUGCUAUAUGCUCAACUACCCUGAUUUGGAUGCAACAGUGCAAAGGUGUUUUUGAAACAACACAGUUUCUUUAUGCUUUUAUCUUAAAUUCAGAAAUAAGUUUAAUAGAAUUCACUGUUCUGGUUCAGGAAUUAAAAAUAAAUUAUGUAAAAUUAU